CGGCUGUGCAGCCGGGGAGCCGAGACAGCGAAGCGCCGGCGGGUCGCAGCUGGAUCGCAGGCGCCUGGGAGCUGGGAAGCCGGAGAGGCCGCUGAAGCCCGGGCUGGGCAGAGGAAGGAAGCGAGCCGCCCCGGAGGUGUGUGAGGGCCAGGCACACUUACCUGUGUGGCUGCUGUGAAGGCAGAUCCACAGAGUUCUCACGGGUGCGGGGGACAAGCCAGAGUAGGCAGAACACUGCACUGUGACACUGCUGCCCUGCAUAAGCUGCCCAGGACAUCUCUUCUCAAGGAGUCCAGAAGUGAAGCCGGGAGUGGAGUGUGGCAGUAAAAUCAGACGACAGAUGGACAGUGUGACGAGAACGUCAGAGAGGAUUGGGCCUCGCUGUGGGAGUCAGCCUGGAGUCAAGGUGUUGACAAGUUGCUGAAAAGGACACCGGGGAGGGCUGUGCACGCAGAGGGAGUAGAGCCCUGUCUUCAGUCGCACCAUUGAUGGAGGACAGAUGGACAGCCGGAUGGCCAGUCACCUCUCUUAAACCUUUGGAUAGUGGUCCUUUGUCCUCUGCUGGACACCUGUUGGGGAUUUUAGCCCAUUCUCUGAACUCGUUUUCCCUCAAAACGUAAGCUUGGGCUGCAGUGUGCAAGCAGGCUCCUCGUCCACAGAGCGACACAGCUGCAAACAUGAGUGCUGAGGGGUACCAGUACAGAGCGCUGUACGACUACAAGAAGGAGAGAGAAGAAGACAUUGACCUGCACCUGGGGGACAUUCUGACCGUGAAUAAAGGGUCCUUAGUGGCACUUGGAUUCAGUGAGGGACAGGAAGCCCGGCCUGAGGAGAUUGGCUGGUUAAAUGGCUAUAAUGAAACCACCGGGGAGAGGGGAGACUUUCCAGGAACUUACGUUGAAUAUAUUGGAAGAAAAAGAAUUUCACCCCCCACUCCUAAGCCACGUCCCCCUCGACCUCUUCCUGUUGCACCAGGUUCUUCAAAAACUGAAGCAGACACUGAGCAGCAAGCUCAGCAUGCUUUGGUCCUUCCUGAUCUGGCCGAGCAGUUUGCACCCCCUGACGUUGCCCCACCCCUCCUCAUCAAGCUCCUGGAAGCCAUCGAGAAGAAAGGACUGGAAUGUUCGACUCUAUACAGAACACAGAGCUCCAGCAACCCUGCAGAAUUACGACAGCUUCUUGAUUGUGAUGCCGCCUCAGUGGACUUGGAAAUGAUUGAUGUACAAGUUUUAGCAGAUGCUUUCAAACGCUAUCUCUCGGACUUACCAAAUCCUGUCAUUCCAGUAGCUGUUUACAAUGAAAUGAUGUCUUUUGCCCAAGAAGUACAAAGCUCUGAAGACUACAUCCAGCUGUUGAAGAAACUCCUUAGGUCGCCUAAUAUACCUCAUCAGUAUUGGCUUACUCUUCAGUAUUUGCUUAAGCAUUUCUUCAAGCUCUCUCAAGCCUCAAGCAAAAAUCUUCUGAAUGCGAAAGUCCUCUCUGAAAUUUUCAGCCCUCUGCUUUUCAGAUUCCCAGCAGUCAGCUUGGAUAAUAAUGAACACCUCGUAAAAGUGAUAGAGAAUUUCAUCUCAACUGAAUUGAAUGAAAGACAGCCAGCACCAGCACUGCCCCCUAAGCCACCCAAGCCCACCACGGUAGCCAACAACGGCAUGAACAACACUAUGUCCUUACAGGAGGCUGAAUGGUACUGGGGAGACAUCUCAAGGGAAGAAGUGAAUGAAAAACUCCGAGAUACUGCUGACGGGACCUUUUUGGUACGAGACGCAUCUACUAAAAUGCAUGGCGAUUAUACUCUUACACUAAGGAAAGGAGGAAAUAACAAAUUAAUCAAAAUCUUUCACCGAGAUGGAAAAUACGGCUUCUCUGAUCCAUUAACCUUCAACUCUGUGGUUGAACUCAUAAACCACUACCGGAAUGAGUCUUUAGCGCAGUACAAUCCCAAGCUGGAUGUGAAGUUACUUUACCCAGUGUCUAAAUACCAGCAGGAUCAAGUUGUCAAAGAAGAUAAUAUUGAAGCUGUAGGGAAAAAGUUACAUGAAUAUAAUACUCAAUUCCAAGAAAAGAGUCGAGAAUAUGAUAGAUUAUAUGAGGAAUACACCCGUACUUCCCAGGAAAUCCAAAUGAAAAGAACAGCUAUUGAAGCAUUUAAUGAAACCAUAAAAAUAUUUGAAGAACAAUGCCAAACCCAGGAGCGGUACAGCAAAGAAUACAUAGAAAAGUUUAAACGCGAAGGCAACGAGAAAGAAAUUCAGAGGAUUAUGCACAAUUAUGAUAAGCUGAAGUCUCGCAUCAGUGAGAUCAUAGACAGUAGAAGAAGACUGGAGGAAGACCUAAAGAAGCAGGCCGCCGAGUACCGCGAGAUUGACAAGCGAAUGAACAGUAUUAAGCCAGACCUCAUUCAGCUGAGAAAGACAAGAGACCAAUACUUGAUGUGGCUGACACAGAAAGGAGUUCGGCAGAAGAAGUUGAAUGAAUGGUUGGGAAAUGAGAACACUGAAGACCAAUACUCGCUGGUAGAAGAUGACGAGGAUCUGCCCCACCAUGACGAGAAGACGUGGAAUGUGGGAAGCAGCAACAGGAACAAGGCUGAGAGUCUGCUGCGGGGGAAACGAGACGGCACUUUCCUGGUCCGGGAGAGCAGUAAGCAGGGCUGCUACGCCUGCUCUGUAGUGGUAGAUGGCGAAGUCAAACAUUGCGUCAUCAACAAGACUGCCACCGGCUAUGGCUUUGCCGAGCCCUACAACCUGUACAGCUCCCUGAAGGAGCUGGUGCUACACUAUCAACACACCUCCCUCGUGCAGCACAAUGACUCCCUCAAUGUCACACUAGCAUACCCAGUAUAUGCACAACAGAGGCGAUGAAGCGCUGCAUUCGGAUCCAGUUCCUUACCUUCAAGCCACCCAAGGCCUCUGGGAAGCAAAGGGCUCCCCUCCAGCCUGACCUGUGAACUGAGCUGCAGAAACGAAGCCGGCUGUCUGCCCAUGGGACUAGAGCUUUCUUGGACAAAAAGAAGCCGGGGAAGACACUCAGCCCAGGGCUGUUGGAUGACUAGACGUUUCUAACCUUAUCCUCUUUCUUUCUUCUUUUAAUUUAAAGCCACAAUAUACCACCACCACACAGAGAAAAAGAAAUGCAAAAAUCUCUCCGUGCAGGGACAAAGAGGCCUUUAUCCAUGGUGCUUGUUCAUGCUUUCUGAAGCUUUACCAGCUACAAGUUGGGACUUCGGAGACCAGAAGGUAGACAAGGCUGAAGAGCCUGUGCCUGGGACCGCUUGGUCCAGCCUGGUUUAGCCUGGGUGUCGCUGGGUGUGGUGAACCCAGACACGUCGCACUGUGGAUUAUUUCCUUUUUUUAAUGAAUGAACGAUUACGCAGCAGCGAGGAACAUCUGUUCACGCAGGACACUUUGAAAGAACAUCGAUGCAGUAUGUUUGGAGCAGAAACAAAAAUAAUCAGAAAAUGUUUUGUUUGAGCUUGUCAAAUCAACAGCCAACAAACCCACCAACAGGGAAAUGAGUGUGGACAAGUGGACUUAAAAUGACAUUCAGUAUAUAAAAUAUGUAUAUAAUAUUGGGUGACUAACUAUCAAAUAGAUGGAUUUGUAUCAAUACCAAAUAGCUUCUGUUUUGUUUUGCUGAAGGCUAAACGUGCAGUGCUAUGCAAUUCUUAAUUUUUAUUAUGUUGUUACCAGUUUCAAAUAUACCUUCAGAAUAAGCUCCCCUUACCCCAGUUUUUGUUGCUUGAAAAUAUUGUCCUUCAUUUUUUUGUUAAUAUUUGUUUUGUUAUUUUUACUUUUUUUUUUUUUUAAGAAAUGUACAGGAUGCCAGAAAGAAAAAAAUGGCUUAAGAAUUAAAACUAUGAAAUAUUUUACAGUUUUUCUUGUACAGAGUACUUGGCUGUUAGCCCAAGGUUAAAACGUUCAUAACAGAUUUUUUUUUUUUAACUAAAUGUUGGGCAGGGCCCUGAUAAGCUUCAAAGCUGCUUUAUUCAAUAAAACAGAAAAAGAAAAUGAUAUAUGCUAUGACAAAGUAUUGCUGAGUGCAAAAGUGUUGUUUUAAGACUCUUGAAUACGGUACCUGGCAAUGUUUGUUUCCUAACGAAUUGUGAACUUCUUGAAUCUGGAGGGAGGGGGAGGUAGCCAUGGGUUGUAGCAGGCGGGAGGGGGGAGGGAAAAGAUGGUAUGCACUUUCUCGGGAUUCCAGAUAAGGGGAGGAGGAUUGAAGGCGGGAGGCAUCUUUCCCCACCUGGGUUUGAUAGUCAUUACCAAUUCACAGCAACUCCAGACCUGCUGUAGCUCCAGCCCAGCCCAGCUGGCCGGCAUCUCUGUUCUCAGGAGGUGCUGAGUUAGUUUUGAGGUUCCCGGACCGUGCUCUUUUGGUUGUUGUUGAACACACUGGUCUCAAGGUUGAAUCCCUGCAUCUAGAAGAGGUGUUCUUUUCUCCUUUUGAUAUUGGAGUAGUCCCGGCAGCCAGCCACCAUUCAUUUCAGCAAAAGCAUGACCUGAGAAACAGUACUUUUAGUUGGAUGUUAUUUUCCUAGCUCUCCGUUCGGUUUAGAACGUAAGGCGUGUAGACCGUGACUGCGCUUUGUGGAAGUUAAACGGCUCUUCUCAUUCACAUGGCUGUGCAAUGUUGUACAUCACGGUGUGGAAAGGGAACAGUUGGUGGUGUCUUUCCUUUAACUUAGAACAAGAGUUUGAGUUUCCCUGCCCUGAUGUGCAUGUGCAAACGCUGGUGUGUUCUUGGGGAAUUGUGGCAUGCUGUGGAGAGUAGAGGCUAAGGAUUGUCAGUCACAGGCUAGGGAGAUUCAAGUGGCCUCUUCAGUUUCACUUUCCCUUCCUCACUAUCAGCUGCACCCAGGACUUUUAUUUCUCUUCCCUUCAUAGACUUAAGGUGAAGGCAUUUCGUGUCUUUCAGUGUUGUUGUUUUAAUCUUUUGCAGCCUGGUGGUUGGGUUAGUGGUCUAUGGAAUGUAUUGUUUUUCUUCCUAUGAAAUAACUGCUCAUCCUCAAGAGCAGAAGUCAGUCAGCCAGACUGUCAGCCCACAAACUUGACUCCACUGACCUGACCGCCUCCUGACUGCCAGACAAUUGAUGAUUCCCUGGGCUUACUCUGGGCUUUGCAAUCUCCAGUGGUAGCAUUCUGCCACUCCAUUUAAGACUGAACAGAUAAUGCUUGAUUGUAAGCUAGGUUUGUGGUUGGAUUUUUUUCCUUUCUUUCUUUUCUUUCUUUCUUUCUUUCUUUCUUUCUUUCUUUCUUUCUUUCUUUCGUUUCCUUUUUCUUUUCCUUCCUUUUUGUAGCAUAUCAUGUAUGCUAUCAAAUACAAAUAACUUUCAUUUUAAUAGUGGAUCAGAGAUUGGUUGUUUCCUUACAAGUUCUAUUAAGUAUUUUUUUUUCUUCAACGCUCUGCAAGAUGACUUGCAACUUAGGCAGAUGCCUCAGUUUCUCAUUGCACAAACUUGAGUUUUUCCAUCUGUCAGAAGGCAGAAGUCAACCUAGUCUACACAUAGUGAGCCCUGUUACACCUGUCCUGCUGAAUGCCUUCUGAUGAUAGGUUCAUAUGCUCACCAGCUCUGUCCUUGGAGACGUUUUGGCCAUUAGCUUUCUGUGGAUUCCAUCAACGCAUUUGUCUAGUAGAGUUAAGUGGCUCACGAGUGCAGAUGGAUACAGCACUGCUGAUACGUAAGUACCCCCGCAUCAGUUCUUCUCACUGACUCUCACAUCCUAAAGACAAGUCAGACACUAAGCUGCUGAGAGGAUGAGCUAGACCAUAGAAGUGAAGAGUUGGGACCUCAUCCUCCACACCAGAGGGAUCUUAACCACAUGAGAAGGCAGCAAGCCUAUGUUUGACACAUGACAACUUCAUGGCCCUGGGUAUAUGUAUAUAUGUAUAUGUGCAUGGACUGUGUUUCCAGUACACCUCUCAGGCACGCAGAUCCACAGUCGAGUUCAAGUACAUAGCAAGCAGAUGUCUAGCACAGGUCUUGUAUAUGUGUAUGUUCUUUUUUCCUUUGAUGUUGCCUUGUUUUGUCUUAUAAAGGUGAAAAUUGCUGACAAGUGAAGUGAGAGGUUCAUCAUUUGACCUUCCCCCCCUGUUUUUAGAAGCUACUUCCCCUUUCAGGGAGCAAGUCUGGGUGGCUUGCUCACCUGAGGCCUCCUUGUGUUCAGUGUUGUCAAGUCAGAGCUGUCGUUGUGGGGAACCAAUUGCUUUGUUAUGUAUCUGGUUAUGAGCUAAUAACUUGUUUGGGAAGUCCUACUGAUGUUCUUUAUCGGGAGAAAGCUCCUGCUGGUUUUCCCAACUGUGCUUUUGCAAUGCAUGGUAUCUAAGUCAGUUGGAAAGCAGGCUUUGCUGUCUGUUUGAAUUUAGGGUCAUUUAGGAAAGGGGCAGUUAAAAAGCACAAUGCCUCGCAUGGGACAAAGUUCCAAAAUACCAAAUUCUUCUACUUUUUACAAAAAAAAAGGAUUCUGCAGUUCUAUGAAAUAACUAGUCCUGGGAGUGGGAGGGAGUGGAAUUGGCUCGAUUGGAAAGACUCCCACUUCACGCUGAACUUGUCACCAUGAGAUAGCAUUGGCUGCCCAGGAUGCUGCUAUUUAAGAGAAAGAAAAAGAAGCAAAACAAACAAAUAAAAACCCCUCCUUUAUACGUGUGUAUUUUUUAAAGUUAAACUCUGUUCAAUGUUUUUACAAAUCUGUUUAUAUGACAUUGAUAAAAAAUAAAGUUGGUCUUUUGACGAGAGGGAGGAUGUCAUGGUCAGUUGUAGUUUUGCCUUUACAAGGCAACUGGGGUGGGGAGGGAGGGAGUGUGCCUCCUUGACAUUUUGUUCAAGUUAUAGAUUCAGUGAAGCUAUGUAUUGUUUUAAGUUGCUUAAUGCAUUGUAUUAGGUCCUCAAACAGAAUAAAGGUUGUUUUGAAACUUAA